GCUCGCACGUUAAAUUGAUAGACGGGUAAUAAAUUAUCGGCUACUGCUGAAACAAAAUUUUAUGCAUUAAUCGAUUUUCAGUGCCAGAAUAAUGGAGAUAAUUUCUAAUUCCACACCACCGUGGACAAGGUUUCCAGGUCCAGAGAAAAUAUCCAGCCCAAAGUCUGCUUCAAACCCGCUCAACGCUUCUCGUCACAUUAAUAGGCCCUACCGCUAACUAAAUCAGCCGGCAAUAAAAUGCUGUCGCUAGCUGUCUAGAAACUAGCUGUAACUUUAGGUGACAGCGGUCAACUUUGAAAGUAGCUAGCCCACAAAAAACCGCACACCGCGACUAUGUAAUCUUUUACCCGCGACUGAAUUUUGAAACUAGCCAAAUGUGGCUGGAAAUCCGCGAACCUGGCAACUCUGACCUUGGACAAUAAAGAAGACUAUAACACGUAAAAAGGGAGGAGAAUGUACUAUAAUGAAGACAACUUGGGGCCAAGGCUUCCCUGCCUGGAAAGCCACUCCCAUCCUCAGGACAACUGGUCUUACAUCAUGUUCCACGGCACCACCAGGGAGGCUGCCGAAAGCAUAAUGAGAUUCGGCUUCUGUCCCUCAAAGGACGGCAUGCUGGGACGUGGCGUGUACGUCAGCCGCGACCCCCAGAAGGCCAGCCGCUACCCCCUGAACGUGCAUCCGGCCAAUCGCCUGGUCCUGGAGCUACAAGUGGAUGUAGGGAAGGUGAAGAGAAUUGACCGCCAGGGGCACCCCCUGCAGAAGACCUGGCACGACGCAGGCUACGACACAGCCUGGGUGCCCCCCAACUGUGGCAUGGUGGCCAGUGGCCUGGAGGAAGACUGCAUCUGGGACCCCAUGAGGAUCAGGGUCAUCAGGGCUUUCCUGCCAGCACCCACGCUGGUCCACCACUCCCAUCCUCAGGACAACUGGUCCUAUAUCAUGUACCAUGGCACCGCCAUGGAGGCUGUCGAAAGCAUAAUGAGAUUCGACUUCUGUCCCUCGAAGGACGGCAUGCUGGGACGUGGCGUGUACGUCAGCCGCGACCCCGAGAAGGCCAGCUGCUACCCCCCGAACGUGCAUCCGGCCAAACGCCUGAUCCUGGAGCUACAAGUGGAUGUAGGGAAGGUGAAGAGGAUUGACCGCCAGGGGCACCCCCUGCAGAAGACCUGGCACGACGCAGGCUACGACACAGCCUGGGUGCCCCCCAACUGUGGCAUGGUGCCCAGUGGCCUGGAGGAAGACUGCAUCUGGGACCCCAUGAGGAUCAGGGUCAUCAGGGCUUUCAUGAUAGCACCCAUGCUGGUCUACCUCUGUUAUAAAGGGAGGAGAAUGCCCCGAGGUAGAGGUUCCGACAAGGGGCAGAGGCCCCCCAGCCAGCAGAGCCACUCCAAGCCGGGCAAAAGCGCAAGCUCGUCCUACGUCAUGUACCACGGCACCACAAAGGAGGCUGCCGAAAGCAUAAAGAGGGACGGCUUCACCCCCUCGGAGAAAGGCAUGCUGGGGCGUGGCGUGUACGUCAGCCGCGACCCAGAGAAGGCCAGGCGCUACCCCCUGGACCUGGAUCCGGCUGGCCGCAGGAUCAUGGAGCUCAAAGUGGAUGUGGGGAAGGUGAAGAAGAUUGACCAACAGGGGCACCCCCUGCAGAAGACCUGGCAGACCAAGGGCUACGACACGGCCUGGGUGCCCCCCAAGUGUGGCAUGGUGGCCAGUGGCCUGUCGGAAAACUGCAUCAGGGACCCCAGCAGGAUCAAGGUCACCAAGGUCCUCAAACCCACAUCCUUGCCCCCAUCCCAGACGCCACCUUCUUUUUACAAGACGAGUGAUUUGCUGUCAUCUGCUUCCUGGUUGUACAAAGGGAGGAGAAUGUCCCGGGCUGGAGGUUCCAACAAGGGGCAGAGGCCCCCCAGGCAGCAGAGCCACUCCAAGCCGGUCAACAACUCGUCCUACGUCAUGUACCACGGCACCACCAAGGAGGCUGCCGAAAGCAUCAAGAGGGAGGGCUUCCGCCCCUCGGAGGAUGGCAUGCUGGGGCGUGGCGUGUACCUCAGCCGUGACCCCAGUAAAGCCAGCGACUACCCCCUGGACGUGAAUCCGGCUGACCGCAGGGUCCUGGAGGUCAAAGUGGAUGUGGGGAGGGUGAAGAAGAUUGACCAACAGGGGCACCCCCUGCAGAAGAACUGGCAGGCCAAGGGCUACGACACGGCCUGGGUGCCCCCCGAGUGUGGCAUGGUGCGCAGCGGCCGGGAGGAAGACUGCGUCAAGGACCCCAGCAGGAUCAAGGUCACCAAGGUCCUCAAACCCACAUCCUUGCCCCCAUCCCAGACGCCAUGAGAGCGAACGUGGGAAGGGCAACGAAUAUUAGACCCUUCAAACCAAUCGUCCAAGAAAAUGCAAGGGGCCUGGCCACAGCACUGUUCUUUCUAAGUUUUGAUGUCAGAAUAUUUUAAUAAAUCAGAAGUUCACUUCAGAAGUUGUUAAAUGAAAACGCUUUCCUGUCUUGCGAGUCACAGAUCAUCCUGGUCAUUAGUAAUCUGUACUUACCGUAAUAUUUCCUGCCAAAUGCACUGUGCCUUCGAUUCUAUUGUUUUGUUUUAAAACGACUUUGUAGAAACUGCUUUUACAUUAAAUGAAUGCAAAUGUUUGAAACGUC